AUGAAAACUAUUCUCUAUACUAUCUUUCUUUUCAAAUUAGUUCACUCAUCAUGCCAUCUGAGAUCUAUCUAGUCUUGCCUUUAAGAUGAAUAAUGUUAAUUAGUUAAACAUGAAUGUUAAAGUAGACCAAAUAAAUGUGAGGAUAUUGAUGCUUCAAAUCCAAAUAAUUGUAGUGGAAUCUAAUGCUACUAUGAUUUUGAGUUAAAAAUUUGUUAAGUAAAACUUAUUUUAAUAAUUUAGCCAUAUGAAGAUGAAUAUGAUAUCAAAUCAAGAAGAAUUUUAGAUCAUAAUGAUGGUAGGAAUAAUGAAGAAUCUGAAAGUUAACAUAAUGAUAAAAAUUAAUAUAAUCAAAAUGGAGAAUAUCCUAAUUAACAUUAAAAUAAUGAAACUACAAAUUCAAACAAUAAUGAACCUAUUCCUCCAGAAAAUGAAUCCAAUUCAUCUGUUAUUUAAAAUAACACUGGAUAAGAUAAUCAAUCAACAAAUUCUACAUCCUAGAAUACAACUGAUGUAAUAGCAUUUGAAAUGGUGUAAUUUAAUUUCAAUUAAGAAAAAAUACUCAAUAGUAAUUUGGAUGAAAAAGAUUUAGUCAUCAAUACUAGUUUCUCAAUAGCAUUGACAGCAACUGUAAUUUUAGCUAAACUAUUUAUUUGA